AUUCCGCCCGCUUCUGUUCCAUUUCACCACGAAACAUCUUCGAAAUAAAAGAAAAAAGGAAAAAAGAAAAAGCCAAAAAUCAAAAUCAUCCUCCCUUCUGUUCAGCAAACAAACGCGACCUUUUGAUAAUCCAAAUUUCUCAGCUUUUUUUGUUAGAGAGAAAGAGAAAAAAAAAAAAACGAAAAAUUAAAAUCAGAAGUCAGUUGUUUUUUUGAAAAAAAGAGAAAGAAUCGAAAAUUAAAAAGGCAUGGGUCAAGCUUUUCGUAAGCUCUUCGAUACCUUUUUCGGUAACACAGAGAUGAGGGUUGUGAUGCUUGGCCUCGAUGCAGCUGGCAAAACUACUAUAUUGUACAAGUUGCACAUCGGAGAAGUUUUAUCAACAGUCCCCACUAUUGGCUUCAACGUGGAGAAAGUCCAAUACAAGAAUGUGAUGUUCACAGUUUGGGACGUUGGUGGACAAGAGAAACUAAGGCCACUCUGGAGGCACUACUUUAAUAAUACAGAUGGACUGAUCUAUGUUGUCGAUUCCUUGGACCGAGAGAGGAUUGGCAAAGCUAAACAAGAAUUUCAGACUAUCAUCAAUGACCCGUUCAUGCUCAACAGUGUCAUCUUGGUGUUGGCCAACAAGCAGGACAUGAAAGGAGCAAUGACCGCAAUGGAGGUAUGUAACGGAUUAGGCCUUUUUGAUCUGAAGAACAGAAAAUGGCACAUUCAAGGUACUUGCGCACUUAGAGGGGAUGGCCUCUACGAGGGCUUGGACUGGUUAGCCGGAACUCUCAAGGAGAUGAAAGCUGCUGGAUAUUCAUCAUCACUGGGUUCAUCAUCGUUCUAAACAUAAAUACAGGUACAUUAUCGGAAGCAUUGAAGCUUGUAAGCCGUGUUUAACCAUCGGGAUGUCCGGAAUUGUAAUCAAAGUUUUCUUUGUUUAGUGAGUCUGAAGCUGAUGAAGUUUUUUACUAGGGGUGCUUCCCUUCCGCUGUUUGUGGCACUUAGACAAAUGAAUUUGUCCAAUGUGUAUAUUAAAAGGCAGGCAUUACUUCCAAUGAAAAUUGUUAACUCACCGGGGAUAUUUUGAUUGACACUUACUCUUAUAUGUGAAGUGGAAAAUGAUUGUUAAUUA